UUCUGCUCUUCGACCAUGCCUGAGCCAGCGAAGUCCGCUCCUGCCCCGAAGAAGGGCUCCAAGAAGGCGGUGACCAAGGCGCAGAAGAAGGACGGCAAGAAGCGCAAGCGCAGCCGCAAGGAGAGCUACUCGGUCUACGUGUACAAGGUGCUCAAGCAGGUGCACCCCGACACCGGCAUCUCAUCCAAGGCCAUGGGCAUCAUGAACUCGUUUGUGAACGACAUCUUCGAGCGCAUCGCGGGCGAGGCCUCGCGCCUGGCGCACUACAACAAGCGCUCGACCAUCACGUCCCGGGAGAUCCAGACGGCCGUGCGCCUGCUGCUGCCCGGGGAACUGGCCAAGCACGCCGUGUCGGAGGGCACCAAGGCGGUCACCAAGUACACCAGCGCCAAGUAAAUGCCAUGUAAGCGUCUUUGCACCUAACCCCAAAGGCUCUUUUAAGAGCCACCUACAUUUUCAAUAUCAGAACUGCAAAUGCGUCUUCUGAUCUUUGUUAGGCUAAGUCUAAAAAAGUGCCAGAAGUUUUCCAUUACACGGUAGUUAGAAUGGUGUUUGUCUCCUAACUCAGAACUAGGGUUUUGCAGGGGAGCUUCACAAUCAUCUUGAGUUAAAAUUUGCUUUGAUGUGGCGUUUUGAAGAAAACGGUGGUGGUUACGUUACCUGGACUAGAGAUUUUCCUUAUUAAAAAAUUUCUUCCCAACUUCUGAUCCUCAUCAGCCCACCUGGGUCGGGAAGACACCGAGAGCACCUGGUAGCUGGUGUCUACAGGGGCUGGGAAAGGACUUCCCUUGUGAAUAGAGGCAGGGAACGCCAGGGUCACAAAAGGUCUGGCGACCAGUUUAGAACAACUAACAUUCACUGCUUGAAUCGAUAAUUUCAUUUGAAAAACAUGCGGAGGUUUAUAGAACUUUGACGGGAAAUUCUGUUCAGAGUAGCCACUGGCACGGCAAGAGAGGAAGUUCGGGGGGUGGGGUGGGGUGGUGAUGAACCAGGCCAGGGUCUGAGCAGUUUUAAUAAACAGCCCAGGGCCAAAGGAAAGGAGGUUGUGACCUGGCCAGGUGUGUAGUUCAGAAGCGGGGUGGGUUUUCCCUAUUCUUAGUCGGGUAUACUGAGUGAACAUAAUGUAAUGAGUUGUCUGCUCUUUUGGAAGUGUGUUAGGGAUUAACAGGGUAGAUAUGUUCACUGUUUAUCCAGGUCUUAUUCUAUCAGCGAUUUAUGGGUUACAUUUAAUCUUGAUUUUUAAAAAAAAAUAUUUAUUUUUUAGUUACAGGUGGGCAACACAAUCUUUAGUGCUGAGGAUUGAACCCAGUACCUCACACGUGCUAGGUGAGCCCUUUACCUCUGAGCCAUAACCCCAGCCCUCAAAUAAUUUUUAACUGAGUUUUUAAUCAACAUUCCAAGCACUGUUCUGUAUAUGUGCCUGUGAUGUAUUAUCAUCUGAUGUGGAGGUAUUAACUUACAUUUUCAAAUGUGGAAAGUCACCUACAAAGACUUGGAAGAAAUGUCUUUUUUGAAGAGCAAGGGCAUAAGCAAGGGAAGGGCAGAGUGCCUCAUAAGUGAGGAGAGGUGUGAGUGUAAUUUGAGCUUUCUGUAGACUGGUUUCCCUGCCAGGACAUCUUUGGAUAGCAAGAGCUGUUUGACCCCUAGGCGGAUGGGAGAAAACUACCAGGGUAAUGGCACUGCCUGGUUAGAUUUCAAGGGGAAGAAUGGGAUACUAAAGGAAAUGCUUGCAUUACAUUAGCUUACUUUUCUCCAGUGAGUAAUGCAGGCCCUAGCUAUGUAGGAUUUUGGUAGUUUGACUAAAAUACACCAAUGGUGGUGAUGAAUUCCACCUACAAGGUAUAUUUUGCUAUUUUUUUAGAUUUUUGUUUUUGGCCUAGAACUGUAUAACUGGUGUGCCGCUGUCAUUAAUAACAGGCUUAUAACCAUUUUUGCAAAAGCUGUAUCUUGGCUUUACAAAGUUUACUUUCAGACUUUUUUGCUCCUGUUCCAGAAUUCUGAAAGUGCAUUUUAUUUUAAUAGAAAACAUGAAUGGAAGUUUAGCCAUAACUUUCACCAGUACCUCUUUUCUCAUUAUUUUCACCUGGAUCUCCUUUUGUUUCUCUGUCUAGUUCAGAAUAAAACAGCUAGAAAGAAUCACAAAGUUAAGGUCAAUGUUCUCUCACAAUUAACAAAGCUGAUGCACAGGGCUUAAAUAAUUUGCUCAAAUUACGAGAGGUAGAACAAGGAUCUGGUAUGCCCUUGUUUCCCCCUAUUGUACCACUCAUGUACGUCAAUCUUUUCCUCUUUGGACAAGUAUUAUUAACUUGAUUUCAUUUAGAACAAAAAUAAGACUGCUUGUAUCUUUAUAAUCUCUUAAAUUAUCAAAAAAUUAACUGUGCUUACUAUCUCCUAAAAUUAUUUUGUCAUGAGUAAGUAGUUCAUGCUUUAGAACAGUUGUGAUUGAGCCAUAGCAAUUCGGUCUGGAAAUUGGUAUAGUGUCCUGAAUUACACCAACAGUUACAGCUCCAGGUUCUGCCAGACUGGGAAACCAGGAGAAGCUUACAAUGGAGAUAUGGAGGUUUAUUUAACUCUGGUUAAUAACUUGGCAAUCACAUAUUUAGUCUAUAAUAAUGCAUAUAUGGGUCUAGAGGUUGAAGAAUCAAAAGACCAAGAAAAUGGCAUGGCUUUAUUCAUUGAAUAGCAGGGAAAACCUUAGGUAUUAUUUACUGAGUACUUAAAACAGGACAAAUUCCACAGCUCUGUGCCCAUAAGUAGUGUAAUAUGUCACAGUGCUUUCUUUAUCACCUUAGGUCUGAGUAGAACUGGAAGACUUCAUUUUCAGGAAUAAUUAGUGGAGGAAAAAGAAAUUCAAUCUUCAUUUUAUUGUUCCAGUUUCUCUCCUGAACUAGGACUUUUUUUUUUUAAAGUCUCUGAACUAUUCAUAUAUUUGUGUCUGAAAGCUUAAAGCCAAUUUGUUACUCUAAUAGGCACUGUUAUAGAAAUGUAAUGUAAUACACACAAUUUUUAUUUUUCUAGCACCCAUAUUUUUAAAUAAGUAAAAAAAAUAAAAUUUUAAUGUUCUGUUUGACCCAGCAUGUUAUUUCAGCAUAUACAGAAUUUAUUAAAUGGAUCUUUCUUGUACUCAU